CAGUCCUUGAGCACAACUGUUGCGGCAGCAGCGGCGGCGGCGGCGGCAGUGGUGCUGACAUUGGGACAGCGGUGGCAGCACAGCGGUGGCAGCAAGAGCUGCGGGACUGGCAGAGGGCAAGGCACCAUGGCCCUUGCUCUGCGCCUCUUCCUCCUGCUCCUCCUGGCAGUGGCCCUGCCUGCCAGGGCUGCCCAGGCAGCUCCGUGGCCAGCGCGGGGAGCAGGUCUACCAACAGUCCACACCCAUGACACAGGAAACGAGAAAUCCAUGGAGGCCGACAGACUUCUGGACCAGAUGCUGAGUGAUCUGGAGAUAAGCCGUGAUGAGCAUGAGGUCUCUCAAGUAGCUCGGCUUCAUGAAGAUUUGCAGCCUCUGGAGCCUCCUGCAGUUACAGAUGUGUCUGCAGGGAAGGCUUUUCCUAAUCCCUUGGCGGAUGCUACACAGGAGCCCAGUUCCAAUCCCAGGGGUUCCCUGAGAAGGAAGAAGAAACCAAUAGGAAACAGUGAGAUCCAGGAUGACUCCAAUCUUCUGGACCAGAUGCUGAGUGAUCUGGAGAUAAGCCGUGAGAUUGAAGAAGAGACUGGCCUGGCAGCUCCGAUUCCCAGAGGAAGCAGUGGCUCUGUGCCAGUCUCUGCUGCAGGAAGGGAGGCGAUGCCAGGCACAGUCACAGGAGGUCCUCCUGGUUGGAACAACCCAGAGAUAGGAGACAAGAAAUCCCUGGAGGCUGACAGACUUCUGGAGCAGAUGCUGAGUGAUCUGGAGAUAAGCCGUGCAAUGAAAGGAAAGACUGUGCUGAAGGCUCUGUUUGCCCGAGGAAGCAGUGGUUCUGUUCCAGCCUCUGCUGCAGGAAGGGAGGCGAUGCCAGGCACAGUCACAGGAGAUGAGCGUGCUUGGAAGGUUUCUCAAGUAGCUCGGCUUCAUGAAGAUUUGCAGCCUCUGGAGCCUCCUGCAGUUACAGGUGUGUCUGCAGGGAAGGCUUUUCCUAAUCCCUUGGCGGAUGCUACACAGGAGCCCAGUUCCAAUCCCAGGGGUUCCCUGAGAAGGAAGAAGAAACCAAUAGGAAACAGUGAGAUCCAGGAUGACUCCAAUCUUCUGGACCAGAUGCUGAGUGAUCUGGAGAUAAGCCGUGCAAUGAAAGGAAAGACUGUGCUGACGGCUCUGUUUGCCCGAGGAAGCAGUGGUUCUGUUCCAGCCUCUGCUGCAGGAAGGGAGGCAAUGCCAGGCACAGUCACAGGAGAUGAGCAUGAGGUCUCUCAAGUAGCUCGGCUUCAUGAAGAUUUGCAGCCUCUGGAGCCUCCUGCAGUUACAGAUGUGUCUGCAGGGAAGGCUUUUCCUAAUCCCUUGGCGGAUGCUACACAGGAGCCCAGCUCCAAUCCCAGGGGUUCCCUGAGAAGGAAGAAGAAACCAAUAGGAAACAGUGAGAUCCAGGAUGACUCCAAUCUUCUGGACCAGAUGCUGAGUGAUCUGGAGAUAAGCCGUGAGAUUGAAGAAGAGACUGGGCUGGUGGCUCCGAUUCCCAGAGGAAGCAGUGGCUCUGUGCCAGUCUCUGCUGCAGGAAGGGAGGCGAUGCCAGGCACAGUCACAGGAGGUCCUCCUGGUUGGAACAACCCAGACAUAGGAGACAAGAAAUCCCUGGAGGCAGACAGACUUCUGGACAAGAUGCUGAGUGAUCUGGAGAGACGCCGUGAUGAACUUGUUGGUGAAGGUGAUCUGGCUUCCCAACCAACAUUCAGGGAAGUGCCUCUGGGAGCUGGUGAGGUGAUAGAGCAAAAGUCUGUGCCGAAGGAAGCAUUUCCCCGAGGAAGCAGUGGCUCCGUGCAAGCCUCUCCUGCAGGAGGGACAGUGACACCAGGCACAGGUACAGGAACAGGCACAGAAGAUGCAGUUGGCACCGCAGCACACGUUCCCAAUUUCCAGAAGGAAGAUGGAAAGGCUUUCUGUCAGGAUACACGCUGCAGGCUCAAGUUAAUAGCAUUUCUGGUUCUUUUGGAUCUUGUCUUCAUAUUAUGCUGUAUCGUAAUCUGGUAUCACUGGAAGAGAAAACGGAGUGCCCCUGCAGCUUCACGAGACCGGACAAGGCAUCAGAUGGAGACACCUUUCCCUGUCAUCGGCCAUCCCCAACCCAGUUUGCUUUGGCCCUGUUACAGCUGCCUUACCAGCUUGUAGCCAUGGACUUACUGCCACCACCCAGAACAAGACUCUGUCCCCAAAGGUGCUGGCCCUGGUGUUGGGCCAGGGCUGGAGGUGGCCCCCUCCUUCCAGGGAUGGGAUUGAGUACCGCAGCACCUUUGGGCUUCAGCUCUGGUGUCUGGGUGGUACCCCCAGCUUUGGCUGAGCUCCUUGUCUGGGCAUAGCCAAGGCUGGGCAGGCAGCAGUCAGGCACCAGGCUCCUAAGACACAGCCAUGUAGUUUUUUUCUUCAUUUUUCAUUUUUAGAAAUUAGAGAUUUUUAGAAAUAUUUAGAAAUAUUUCUUGUAUAUCGAUAUCCCCAAAUAUUUUUCCUAAUUUCUACAAUAGUUUAGGAUUAUUUAAAGUAGUUUUAGAAUUCUGAAAAGCUUAGAACACUUUUACACAUCUAGAAUAAAGUAUAAAAUUGC